UACAUCGGUCACUACUACUACCAGUCGUUCCUUCAAAAGCUAUGAAAACAAUGAACUCACUCGGCGCCGGAGUGCACAGCUCCAUACACGUGCAAACCUCAAUCCACGGCAGCUUGUAUCUCCCCUCUAAACGAGACAGUAGCACAGCUGUCAAGGGCUUAACGGUAGCACGCGCUGAGGGAGCAUAAAGCACACGCUCCCGGUACCGCUACCAGCCGAGGCAUCGCUCCAAUAGACCGUGGUAACGCUCCUUUAACUUGAGGCACCGGUCCAUUUAGUUCCCCCGACCGAGGGAGCGGUACCUGAACUCAUGGCACCGCUCGAGCUACCUCUCUUGACCGAGUAAUUACACGAGGCAGUUGCCACAGAGCCGAAGCAGUUGCCACGACUCACCGCGGUAGUUGCCACAGAGCCACAGGCACCGCAACUUGCAACAGGAAGUGCCUCAACGAGUUGCCACUGCCACGAUUUGCGCUAGCUCCUACUGCGGGAGAGCGCUACACCCCGGACCGGCUCUCCAGCUACUGCGGAACAUCGAGGAUGGAAAUCACCUUCAUGUCCAACGCCUGGGAAACGCGCAGCGUUCCGUCCAGCAAGCAGCCCUUUGAGGGGCUAACACUCGGCAAGUCGACCCUCCGCAUCCACGCAGAUUGAAGUAGCUCGGCAUUCACAGGCACCCGCAGUCGGGUAGGCAUGCAGAUACUAAACUGUUAACGUAUGGACACGCUCCGCGAUGCAAAGCUAUUCCCCGGUUAGCACUGUCCGGCUUUCCUCAUGUGAUGCUAGCGCAGAGUCGGGAGAUGACGCUCUGUGGUGUUUGAAGUAAGCGCUCCAUGACGGAGCACGCAGAGCUGUCUACUGAGACAUUGUUUGCGCGGUAUAAUGUAAUGCAUACCCUGAGAGGGGGCAUGAGCUAGACUCUUACAGAGCUGGGUAGCGAUCUCAGCGUGAACUACGGGAGUAAUAGGUCGGCAACCAGUACCGUGAAGCUUCUAAGGUACUUAGGCCGGGUCCACCGUAUUGACUACAAGUAAUCGAUCACCUACAAGACCAGUAUAGCAGAAUAACUGCUACAACUGGACAUGACUUUCUAGUCAAAUAGGCUAUGAUAUAGAUAAUGUAUAGCAUAAAUAAAUACGGGACCAAGCCUCGCGCAACACGCAAGUUCUGUGAUUGGUCGGAUAACUACAUCCUUUCCAUCCAUCCAGUUAGCAUAAUACCGGCGUAUAAAAGAUGUUCAGGAGAAAUUAAUUGAAUUGAAGGGGCGGUCGCCCAAUAAGACUGAGCAACCCAGAUUUGUUUUACUCAAGGGACAGAGACAUCUUCACCUUACAAUAGCAUAAUAAGGCACAAUACAUAUUCUUAAAAGUUUACUCAUAAAAAAUCGAUAUACUCGCUCAGUUCCCUAGCCACGGCGAGGGGUAAGGUGGCCGUCUGUGUGGGGACAGCGAAUCUCCCCGUACGUUUAAACACCCAGUGCAACCUGUGAACAUGCAACAAUACAAACACACACACGGCACUCACUACAAACACACACCACUCACACAAUGACAACAAGAAAAGUUAAAAAGUGGUUCAAGUACCAUAUUAGACUACAUGCGAGGGUCAAUUCAAGUAAAGUGCCCGCUCUAUUCCUCCACACAGCGAGCACCCCCCACUCGAAAUCAAUAAAAUAAAAAUGAGGCGAGUACAAAAACAGCAAGGUCGACAAGGACACAUAAAAGAUCACAAUGCUAUCACGAUUACAAAUACUCGAUCGCUAGUCUGCAGAACGUGAAGGAAAACAUGGAGCAAAACAGCAGCUGUGCGCCACCUGGAAAUUAAGCAGAUUCGCACAAGUUAAAUAAAUACGGUCUGUCUGCGGUGGUCCUACAAUUGAUUCCUACCUGGAAAGGAUGAGGCGUUAGACCCUCCCCGACGAAGUUUAAAGGAACCCCACUCUGCCGGAAAAACCUACAACGAUGUUUUGUAAACUGACGUUUGUGCAAUGACAAUAAACCCGCAAGUUAACGACCUACCUGCCGAUUUCCCUUUCACUUACGGUAAGGAACCGGGAGACAGCUGAGACUAAGUGUGUGUCGCCUGCUGGUUAAAUAGGGCGCUCACUAAUGACGUCAGGCAAACCCGCAGUGCUACCUGUUACAAGAACAUACCAACAACUUUCACACGCAAAAGUGAAUGGCUUUGCAGCACAGGCAGGCCCCUUUAGAACCAUGGAUGGGAAGGAGUCUAUCAACCCAACUGCCCGUAAGAUACAGCCGCGUUGCAGAACCAGGCACUGGAACCAUGUAAGCUACACUCGUCGCAUGAUGACAAGAGUUUGCGCGAAGAGGCUAAUUCGCCAUACGCAUUAUGCCGCGGAGAAGUGUAUUUCCAUGCUGCUAGCAGGACAUGGCGUCUUAUUUAUGCAAACAGCCGCAACCGAUAUGGGAACAGGAGCGGUACUGACGGAGCGUGCAUGUCAGUGCUUUCAAUGGGUUAGUGUAACGGCCACAACAGCGGUUCUGAUUCAGCAACAUUGAGGCAUGCAGGCCAACUGUGUUUUGGGGGGGUUUUGGUCAAAGCCACGGCUGGCUAGACCAUGGCCUCCUUUCUUCAGAUGAUUGCAUUUACCAUGACAAUCAAGCGCGGCCAGCAAUCUCAACUAAGGGCUGAAAUUAAUCUUACGCAGGGCAUUCGUUUAGGGGCAGCUGCUUAACUAAUAACCAAGGUACCUCCUCGUCAUCCCUGCCAAAGGGUACAUUGCGCAGCUGCAACCCACACAUUCCCCAACAUCAAGGAUGGUGAGUUGGAUUCUGGAAGCCUAAGAGGGUCCGUGAAUCCCAGAAGGUAUUAACUGCUAGAGCUGCUAGCAUCCCAGUGACAAGCUCUCAGCCAAUAGGGCAGGGGGGUCAUCAGAGGCUGUGACGUUCCUCCGCCCUGGUCGUAGCGCAGUACGUGCAAAGCAAGAUCUAUAAGCAGUAAAUGAGCGGGUAAGCAUGCAUAUAAUGGUGGUGGUGCAUUCCCUUUUGGCAGGUCGGUAGGCCUGUAAUGGCAAAAAUAUAUGUAACUCUUCUAAAUGCUUCCUUUGUAUAACCAGUUUAUUAAUUGCAAGUGCUGAGAUGGAAAGGCCAUGGUAUAAGAGCUGAAGUGUUCCACACUGAGAAAUGUUCUCAGCGUCCUAGCUGUAGAGACUAAACAAAGUAGGUCAUAUGUGUAUAACCAGAUUUGUGUUGGGAGGGCGAGUCCAUGGUCAAAGAACUGACGUGUUUUACAUGGAUUAGAUGUCCCCAGUAUCCUGGCUGUAGAUACUCAACAAGGUGUUCAAGGUUUCUGUUGACGCCACCGAUAACUGAACUUAGGUAUAAGAACUGCCUCGUUCUGUUAGGGGGCAAGGAGGUUCACGACAGUCUGGAGAGCACGUAGCUGUUGUGACUUUUUUUCCCUUGCAAGGAAAUAAAUGAGAAAGACAUAUUUGACUCAGAGCCUUUGUUUCUUACUUUACAAUUGUCUGUGCAAAAUCUUCCACCACAGGCCAGGUCAGCGUCCCCUUGCAGUGGACCGCCGUAGUUCCUUCCAGUCUCCCUAAGAAAAUCCAAUUUCCUAGGUGAACGUGACCUGACUUAAUGUGGCUGUGUUUCCUAGGUUUAAUGUUACCUGGCUUAACGUGUCUGUUUCCUGCUCUAACAGGACCACAUCAAUUUCCCCAAAAGAUGUCCAAAAGGACCCGUCAAGCUGACAACACUCUGGCCCUUUCUCAAUAUGCGUUCUUGUGUGGACUUUUGUUCUCGUGGACUCGUGAAACGUCAUCAGUCGCAGCCUGAGUACUGUUCCAAUUCUAGUCCGCAUCUGUCCGAGAACGGUCAUAAUACCCGGAUAUGACUCGCCCCGCCCAUUUUACCGGGCAUGCAUCGGAGCAGGCUCGUCUGUUCUUGUGAGAGCCAAAUAUCCCAGAAUGCAUUUCACCUCAGCAACAGGCAACAACGACAGAGGAAAAAUAAACACAACUUUAUGUCGAACUUUAUAAAUACUACUUUAUUUAAGUAACGUAAUGUAAUUUUAUGACUGACGUUAGUUGUUAAAGUAACUUUUGUUGUUAAAGCAAAUGUUUGUCAACAUUCAGCCUUCGUAACAAUCUGCUCCGUGGAUGUGAGAGCAGCCAGUUUUCUGUGAAAUGCUUCACCGGUUUUCACGUCUCCGUAGCGGUUAUACAUGAGAUUUAACUGUACUAUAACGAGUCUUCAUAAGUUUUAAUGUCGUGUCAGAGACUGAUGUUGUUCACCGGUUGCGUCUGUUUGAGGACAGUUUUGAGUUUAGAUUCAUAACUUCAUGUUUAAAUGUAACUUUAACGUAUUGUCUGUAUCCGCAGAGCGCAGCUUGUUUAUUGUCCAUCAUUGUGCAUUAAAACUAACGAUGUUUUAACUAAAGGACAUGAGGAGACCGUCCUCGAGACUCUAUUCAGCUUCUAAGAAAAUCUGAAGCUCUGAAUUAUAAUAAUAAUGAAUAAAAAAAAUCCACAUAUGAAUUAUUGUAAGAUCUUUGAUGUGUGGUCAGCAGCUUGCUGUACGAGGACCACUACACUGAUUAUCAGCCUCUUGAUGUUUGAGUAACAAGACAAACGGUAGGUGUGUGUGCAUUAAAAUAUUUUAGUACAAUAGUUUAUUUUUUGUUACUGUAUCCAACCUCCUCCUCCUAAAAUGAUAAAGCUAACUAUUUUAUGACUGACUAUAUAUACAUGGUGCUCAAUAUUAUAUAUACAAUUUCUGAGACAAAAAUGAGACAAAAGCUUGUUAAUAGUAAAAUAUUUAAGUCAAAAACUAAAUUAAAACGUAUUAGCAAAACCAGCUGACAUGGUGACGUAAUCAAGUCAGCUGCUGUUCCAAUUGCGGAAAUGUCCGUUCUCCAUUCUCCCGAACCUGCGAGUCAGGACUCCCGAGUCUGUCUCCCGAGUCUAUUCUCGCCGGAACGCAAGUCCGUUCUCGCCGUCUCAGGUAUUGAGAAAGGGCCUCUGUUUUGCGGUCUCACAGGACCAGUCAAGCUGACUACUUUUCUUUUUCGCGGUCUCACGGGGCCAGUCAAGCUGACUACCUUUCCGUUUAGCGGUCCCGCGACCAGAGUCCCCCGCUGGGAUGCACCGCCAGAUGGUCCUCGGCCAGGGUAACCGCUGCCUCCACGGUCGGGGGUCGGUGACACUGCACCCACGCCGCAGUCCGUUCCGGGAGCCCCACCAUCAGCUGCUCCAACACCACCUUCUCCAUUACUGCCUGCGCCCCACCCGGCCCGUUCGGCAGCAACCAUCUGGCCGCGGAGUCCUUGAGCCGCUGCCCGUAUGAAAACGGCCGGUCCUCCGGCCCCAGCCUGGCCUCGCGAAACCGGCGGCGGUGGUCCUCCGGGAGUAGUCCCAGCCUGUCCACCACGGCCUUCCGGACGGCCGCAUACUCCCGCCGUGCCGCCGGUGGGAGUCCCAUGGCCGCCGUCUGCGCUUCCCCCGUCAGGAGCGGUAACAGCCGCACCGGCCACUCGUCCUCCGGCCAGCCACACGCCUCCGCCGUCGCCUCGAAAGCCUCCAGGUAUGCCAAGACAUCAUCCCCCGCUGUCAGCCGGUGUAGUGUCAGCCCGGCCAACGCCGCCAUCCCGGGCGCCGGCGGGGGUGCGGCUGGCCGCCCCGCGAGCUGCUCCAACGCCUGGGCUUGUCUCCCCAUUUGGGCUUGGAGCGCCCCCAGGAACUGACGGUUGGCCUCCGCCUGGUCGCGCUGGAUGGCCGCCAGCUCCCUGAUCAUUCGGCCCAGUGCCAUAAACGGCUGGGUCGGUAUCUCCUGCCUGUUGUCGUCCGUCAUUGUCCCCCCUCCACGUUUGGCGCCACUGUACCAGCUGGGUUACUAUGGGGGAACGUAAGGACUCACAGACACCUGUUCACAGUUGGUAACCGUCAUUAUUGUUAUUAUUUCUCCGGCUUGCUGGAACACCCCGCUCGCUCGGUCGGUCUCUCUUUUAAAUAGACGGGGAAGCAUCUCUUCAAUUGUCCUCAGCUGGAGGUUCAUUACCUCCAGCUGUCACCAUUCCCCCAGCCACUCCCCCUCUCUCUCCCUCUGCAGCCGAGCCGAAACCACGCCCGCCACCACAAUAUAUAUAUUAGAAUUUAGAAAAAACAGCAGAAAAAAUGCGUUUUGGGAAUACAUUAGUUGGACAAAGCUUUAUGUUGCGAUUUUUGAAUGUCGGUGUGAAGCCGGAGCGGUUCAUAGUAAGGGCAAGACAUGUGGAAAAGGUCUCAGACUCAGCCCAACAGAAACAUUCGCUUUUACCACCUAAACACUACAGAAAAUUUUCACUAUCUCCAUCAUAGUCAUCGUCAUUGCCUCGAUCUUCGUCUCCAAUUUUUUCCAGUUCACCUACUUUAACAUCUGGUUCCAUUUCAUCUAAAUGUGACAGGUAGCACUGCGGGAUAGACUGACGUCAUCAGGGAGCGUCUUAUUUAACUAGCAGGCGACACCCACUUUGUCCCAGCUGUCCCCCGGUUCCUUACCGUGAGCGAAAGGGAGAUCGGUUUGGCCGGCGGAGUGGAGUCCCGUUAAACUUCGUCGGGGAGGGUCUGACGCCUCAGCCUUUCCAGGUAAAAGGAUCGUAGGACCACCGCAGACAAACAAUAUUUAUUUAACCGAAUCUGCUUAAUUUUCAGGUGGCGCACAGCUGCUGUUUUGCCCCAGGUUUUCUCACGGUUGCACAAUAACGACUGAGUGUUGUUAACCGUGAUUGUAUUGCUAUAUUGUGCGUUUCCUUGUUCUUGUUGAUCUCCGUUUUUUUUGUGUACUCGCCUUAUUUUAUUUUAUUGAUUUCGAGUGGGGGGUGCUCGCUGUGUGGAGGAAUGGCGCGGGCACACUCGGGUUGAUUCACAUGCUGUAGCGUGGUCUUUGCAUGAACUAUUUUUAACUUUUCUUGUUGUCAUUGUGUGAGUGGGUUUGUAGUGAGUGUGCCGUGUUUGUGUGUGUGUUUGUUGUUGCAUGUUCACAGGUGGCACUGGGUGUUUUACUGUAUGGGGAGAUUCGCUGUCCCCACACAGACGGCCGCCCUACCCUCGCUGUGGCUAGGGAACCGGGCGAGUAUAUAGAUUUUCUGGUAGCAAGCUUUUAUAAAUAUCUAUUGUACAUAAUUAUAGUAUUGUCUUAAUAAAUUGUUUUGUACGGUAAAGAUGUCUCUGUCCCUUGAGUGAAAAUUAAUUCGGGUCCCUCGUGUCACAUAAAGAAAAGCAUGUUUGAUGAGCACACUCACCCCAUCCCACUGCAUGAUUUUUGAUGUUUCUUCCUUUAAUUCUCUUUGUAAAGUUCAUAAAUCUGGAAGUUACCUUCAAUCUCAUUAAGAGAUUUUCCUUGGAAUCUUCCAAGAGAUCCUUUCUCCAUUGCCAGAAGAAGCUUUGAGAUUUUCUAUAGAUAGAAGAUAGAAGUCUCUGUGGACCCGAAUGUCAGCCAAAAAGUUGGAUAGUUGGUCAAGCUCAUAAGUUGGAAUGCAGUUCUGCUUUCUAGCUCUUAUAGUUGAAUUUAUAUUGAUUAAGUUCAUGAACAUUUUUAACAUGGUUUUCAAAUGGAGUUUGUUUUCAAAUCCUCUUAAACUUCAACCUUUUCAGCUUCGCCAAUCUUUCAGCUAGAGACACCAUUUAAACUUUAAAAUGUUGACACAAGUCUUAACAAUUUUCAAAAAAAAACAGCUUGUAGAUAUCUAUAAUACUUUUUUCAUAACCACUAAUCAUGUUUCAUUAGUCUUUUGGGUCCGUUUCUGAGUUUGUGUAAAUGUGUGUAUUGGGUUUUCUUAGAGCAAGGCAGAGUGGGAGCCGUGUCAGGAUUCAGUAAAAAAAAAAAAAAAAAGGAACUUUUGCUUUCACGGCCACAAUAUAUUAACUUUUCAGGCUUCAUUUCUAAAGAAAAACAAUGCAGUGCUUGUGCUGGUGGGAUUCAGAGUAUGGAAUCCCACAGUUAUUUACCUUUUGUGUGAGGAGCCCGAUAGUGAGACAGUCUGUCCCCGAGCCCCAUAAGCUUCAAUUCAAAUCUGCCGACAUUUAAAAAAAAAAAAACACAGAAGGUACAUGUUUUGUAAACUGCUAGUUGAGCAGUUUUAAAACACAUAGAGAUUAUUUAUUUCUCCGAUUUGUUUUUUGCAAUUCUUUCAAGCUUUUCUCAUUUCUGUACUGAAAAUUAAUUUCAGCUUUCUGCAUUCCAACGCAUUUUCAGCAGGAAAUGCAUUUUCUAGUUGUAUUUGAGUUACUGCUUCGAUUACUCGUCAUUGACAAAAGUAGUGGAAUCACAGUAACGCAUUACUUUCAACACCGCUAUUACUUCAUCUAAACCUUACAACCGCAGCCUGUCAUUGAAAAAAAACCAACACGUGCUUGGAUCAAGCAGUUGACCUAAAUAAAUGUUACGUUUAAUUGUGCUUGUGUAACAACUUACUGCUGGAAUGACAAUGCUUGAGCCCUCCGCUUCAGUCACAGGGCUUGCAUUGGUUUGGUCGUUUGCGGCUGUCCUUACACCUGCUCCAGGUAAACCGUGGCGAGUCGGUCCUUCUUCCUCCUCCACUUCAACUUGGAGAAGAUGAUGCGCGUGUGUCCGCCUUACAUGAUAGAAGGAGGAGUUAUACACCCUGUACUCACUUGGACAGCCAUCAAUCCCGCACACGACGCGAAAGUCAGGGCUGCGACUGUGCAUGGUGUUAAUGUGACACAAAAGUUGUUUCAGAGUCAAUGCCACAAAUAUGUAGCAUAUGAAGCAACGCCAAAUCAUCUUCGAAGAUGUCACGGGCCAGAGGACGGUAAACUAGUCACAGGCACAGGUAGGUAGCGCAAGACUGUCGUAAAAACUAUGGUUACACCUGCCAGAUAGGUGCUGCAAAUGAAAAUGUGGGCGUAAACUACAUGGUACAUGGUUGUGUUUUAAGUGUUUAUUGUAUAUCGUUGCAGCCGAACAGAGAUAGCGAACUAAUGCUCUCGUCAGGGCUCUUCCUUUGUCAGCUCGGUAUCAUUUGUGCUGACAAGACUUUGGUUGUUCUCCAAAAGUUCUGCUCCCUUGACGUUUUAAUUUCAUGUCAACGUCCAAGGGAGUAAAAGUUCUUCAGACCCACCAAAUGAGUCCUGGUCGCUUUGCUCGUCAGACUCCUGUCGUCUCUCGUUCAAUCAUCCAAGCAUUUCGUAAUGUUCAUUGAUGGGGCUGUAGUUGUUGGUUCUUCUUCAUCCUUGGUGUGGUGAGAGGUUGGUGGUACCGAGGGAGAUCACAGCGGGUGGCGAAGCGGAGUCCAAUUCAGGAUGCACUGGCACAUGUUCCUCAUAUGAUAAAAACAAAAACAACAAAGUUCUUUUAUCCAAUUAAGAUUUUUGUUUGUUUACAGUUUCUUCACUAUUUAUCUUUCUCAUUUAGGAAUUGCGCUUAGGUUAUAAACAUAUAUGUGUGUAUAUGUCUAUAUCUGUAUUCUAUUACCAUUAAUGUAACUGUAGUGGCUAUUUGUCCAUAAACUUAAACAAAACAAAUAAUAACAAACUUCUCAAAUGGCCACUUGAGGCUACGUCAUGGUUAGGCUUUACGCAGGUUCAGAGGUACCAAAGCAAAGUGAUGUCCAUAACAAGAUUGAGUUUGAGGAGGUUUAUUCACACACAUAAGCAGAAAAACUAGUUCAUGCAUUUGUUACUUCUAGACUGGAUUACUGUAAUUCUUUGUUAUCAGGCUGCUCUUGUAAAUCGCUUAAACCUCUCCAACUGAUUCAGAAUGCUGCAGCACGUGUACUAACAAGAACUAAGAAAUGGGAUCAUAUAACUCCUGUAUUAACUUCUCUGCACUGGCUUCCUGUUAAAUCAAGAAUAGAAUUUAAGGUACUUCUCCUCACCUACAAGGCACUUGCUGGUGAGGCACCGUCUUAUCUUAAAGAGCUUGUUACACAGUAUUGCCCUACAAGGCAUCUACGCUCCGUAGAUGCUGGGCUACUUGUGGUUCCUAGAGUUUUAAAAAGUAGGAUGGGGGCCAGAGCCUUCAGUUAUAAAGCUCCUCUUUUGUGGAACCAGCUUCCACUUUCAGUCCGGGGGGCAGACUCGGUCAGUUCAUUUAAGAUAAAGCUUAAAACGUUCCUCUUUGAUAUUGCUUAUAGUUAGGGCUGGCUCAGGUUAGCCUGGACCAGCCCUUAGUUAAGCUGCUCUAGGCUUAGACUGCCGGGGGACUUCUUAGGACACACCGAGCCCCUCUUUUACUCUCACUCUCUCCUCCCACAAUCAUCCAUGUUUUAUUAAUGUACAUCACUAAUUAAGCUUCUUUCCGGGAGUUUUUUGUGCUUUCUCGCCUAGCAGGUCUCCGUGGAUCAUAGUUUCGUGCGGACCCCGGUUCUGACUCCUGGCUCAUGGCUCUGCUGACACCUGCUGCUGCCAUCAUCAUUACUUUAAAUAUGAUUCAUAUUACUGUCAUCAUAAACCAACAUCUUUCUGCUCUCCCUCCCCACAGAAGCCUCUGUGGAUGGUGGUUCGAUCUGAUGGAGGUUGUCCCUGCAGUGGUCCUGCCGUACACCUCUUCUGCUACUUGCAAUUACUUGUAUCAUCUCUGUUAGAGAAAUUGAAUGUAUUGUACAUCUUUUACAUUGUUGAUUCUGUGCACAUGACAUCCAUUGCAGUCUGUCCAUCCCGGGAGAGGGAUCCCUCCUCUGACGUUCUCCCUAAGGUUUCUUCCCUUUUUUUCCCAUUGAAGGGUUUUUUCAUAUUUUGGGGAGUUUUUCCUGUGCCGAUGUGAGGGUUUCGGGACAGAGGAUGUUGCAUGUGUACAGACUGUAAAGCCCUCUGAGGCAAAUUUGUAAUUUGCGAUUUUGGGCUAUACAAAAUAAAAUGAAUUGAAUAAGCAAGCUCACAGACAUUCCUGCUGCCUCUCUCACGCUGGUAAAAACCCAUAUGCCCUCCUAGCCUGAAGUACCUCCCACCUUGACCUACUUAUGCAAAUGAACAUAACACCAUGUGACCAAUAAACGACAAUACAAGUAAAGCAUAAAUACAAAAUAAACCAAAUUAACCUUAACAAGAAAAUAAACGAAUAAAUGAAGCUAUAAAUUAACUUGAGCCCAAAAAUAAAAAUAUAGCUCCAACAGUAACCAAACCAAAAAAUACUACUUUCUCAAAACCUUUUGUUGUUUCCACAAAGAUUUGUUUUAGUCUUGUGCAUCUCUUAUCUCUGACAUUGUGUCUCUGUAUUAACCUUUCACUGCACGUUACCAAUUCUUAUUCUCAUACACAUUGAGGAGUUACUUAAUAAAUUUCUUUUAGCCUUUGUGUAACUAAUUAAUUACCCCUCAUGUCAGUACUGACACCUCAUAGUUAAACCAAAUUUGCUUGUUGAAUUAAACUCUUUCACAUCAGUCACUCAGGCUUCAUCCCAACAGCUUUCAUUCAUUUUGACUAAACAGGUUAACUAAUCAAUUCUUUGAUAAUACCAGUUGUUGUCUCGCUGGUAGCUCCUGGGGCCAACAACGACAUUGGUCUUCCACUGGAAGAAAGGGCUCCUCAAAUCGAUGUAGUCGGGCCCCAAGUCGCUCCAGGAGUCCGCUGGCAAGCCGGUGUUGGUGUUGCGCCGAGCAGCCUGCUGCACGCUGCGUGGGCCCCCAAACGCAAGGCGAAUUCCCAAAUACUCUUCAUUUGGGUAAAACCCUGCUGAGUCCUUUCUUGGUCGCGUCAUUCUGUCAGGUGGCAGCUGGAGCAGGUUGCAGGGAGGACUCAAAUGCAGGAUUUCUCGAACAGAGUGCUCUUUAAUCAGACACAAAACCAAAGAACGUGCACCGACGACGAGUGACAAUAGACAAUGACGCGACAAGGCACACAGGGCUUAAAUACACUAGGGAGGUGCAGGUGAUUGGGGAGGGCGUGACAGGUGGAUGAAGGCUGGAGGAGGAGUCGGAGGAUAAACAAGCAGAGGAGGAUUCGUCUCCCUUAUAUCACUUCUUAAAAGAAAAAAACAAAUCAGGAGAAUUAAUCACAAAUUAUCACAUCUCCUUGUUAUUCACUUUUUAAAGUCUCUUUUUACACUUCUUCUCUUGCACUACUGCGCUUCUUCAACAUAAAAACAUUUCCUCUUUUGCUUUCAUAACUAAAUUAUACAUAUUAUUAUUAUCUAUCAGCACUUUUCUUUAAACUAUUUUCCCAGACAGAUUUCGGUUAAUAGAAAGAUGCUUUUGUUUUUACAGCUAACAGAAACUCCUAAUUUCUAUUUGUUUCAGUACCAUUACCAUUUUUCUCUAUUAUGUGAGAUCUCUGUAUGGAUUAAUACCGUCUCCCCUUCACAUGCAGCCUCUUUCUGUGCCGACGAAUAACCCCUCUUUUUAUCCAACACAAAAACCACGUGAAACAAUGUUCCUCCAGGUCUUUGAUUUGUUAACUGAUUUUACGCUUCCCCAAUAAACCGGCCUUUUAUUUAAAUCUAGCUUCUAGUUCUUUCUUCUCCUUUCUCAAUAUCUGCGUCAGUGACACUCUGCCUGUUAAACUAACUCUCCAACAACUUCCACACUGCAUGCUCCGUACGUUCCACCGUAUCAUGUUUCAUGUCUCGGUGGCAUCUCCCCUCACCGCCAACAACAACAAUUUCACUUGGUCAUUCAUCAUUUUCCAAGAUAUCCUGGCGCUGGCCAGGGCUGGACUGGGACAAAAAAGGGCCCUGGCAUUUUUGCUCAGACCGGCCCCCCACAAUCGGUCGGACACAACCACCAACCAGUACACUAUCCUAGCUUUCCCUGUAGAUAUGCAUAUCUAUUGCUACGUUCCCAAAAACCCAUACAAAGCUGAGGACUACUGUAAGUGCCAUGGACAGUAAUGUCGGUAAUCAGACAGUUGAUGGACCCCAUUGACUUCCAUAGUAGAAAAAAAAAUACUAUGGAAGUCAAUGGGGUCCUUCAAAUGUCUGAUUACCGACAUACUUCAAAAUACAUAUUUUUGUUUAUCAGAAUAAAGAAAUUCAUACAGGUUUGAAACAACUUGGGGGUGAGUAAAUGAUGAUACAAUUUUCAUUUUUGGGUGAACUAUCCCUUUAAAGAGCACAAACCCCCCUCUUUAAUAUGACACCAAACAACAUUUACCUCUAAUUGUUGAGACACUUCCCAUAAAAAACCUAUACAAACAAAUUACUCACACAAAACGUCCUGAUAAUAUAUAUAUAUAUAUAUAUAUAUAUAUAUAUACAAUUUAGAGUAUUCACUUGCCGUAAUAUUGCAUAUUGCUGAUAUUGGAAAUUCAGAUGAAACAUUAGAAAAUAUCUAGUUAGUUCAAUAUACAGCUUUAAAAAUGGUUUUUAACCCCCAAAUAACAUACGUUAGCGACCUCUUCUAACGUGUAACUCGUUGUGGGCGAGUAAUCAUUAAAAUAAUCAAAUGGCAUCAUUUCAGUUUUUUUUCUAGAGAAGAAGGGCCGUCGACGUUAUGAGUUUUAAAUGUUUACAUUAGAAUAUCCCAAGUUGCAAUUGAAUAAGUAAACUCUCAACUCUGCUAGCUACAAUAACAGUGUAAAAUAGCUUAUGCUGUGUUAUUUUACUUUAGCUAACUGAGUGGCCAUUGCAGUCACUUUUAAGUGACAAUUUGACAAAUGACAACCUGACACUCAGACUUUAUAAUGGCAACAACCGACAACGAUAAUGUUUGUUGCCUUAUUAUGAUAUUCAUUAAUUGAGGUAACUGUUAAAUCGUCAUCAUCUUGGUUGUGGCCCAGCCAGGCCCACACACACUAUCCUCACGCACCCGCCCUGAUUAACACUCCCUCCCUGUUCAUGGAGCUACCUGCUUGCUUACCGUUUCAAUGACACUCUCCUGCUCACUCUGUCCCUCCUGGACUUCACUGUCACACUGACACCUGCUGCACCUUCUCCUCUGCUGCCUGCGAGCUAGGUUUGCCAACCGUCCCGUAUUACCCGGGACAUCCCAAAUUAUGGAUAAUUUGGAUUUGCCAAUCACAGCCUGCUAAAUCAAUGGCGCAUCAGACCAGUGUGUGCGCGCGGGUGCCGGGUUGCCAGAGCGGAGCAUGUGAGGUUGUGCAAGCCUGGCCGCCGACCGCUAGCGCCCCCCCCGUCAGCCCGCGAAAGUGGCAACCCUACUGCCUUAAUCCACACAUUUCUUUCUAGCUCGGAGUCACUGAAUGCAUCUGACUGACACACGGAGAGGGAGGGGUGGAGCCUGCUAAGAGAUGAUUGGGCCAGCCCAGUGUCAGUAUGGAAAAUGAACCAAUGGGCCGCUGUCCCUGCUUUAUGGGCCGGUCGAAAGCAAAAACAUUUAUUUUUUUAAAUAUUUUUUUUAUAGGCCUAUCGACCGGCCCCCAAGUGCGUCGGCCCACCGGGCAUUUGCCCGGUAUGCCCGAUUACCAGUCCAGCCCUGGCGCUGGCCCCCAGCCGCCAUCACCUGUUUCCCGGUCAAAUUCACCUUCCAUUUUAAUACAGUGAUCCAGUUUAUGUAUAUUCCUCCCGGAGCAGUCAACUAUGUUCUGAAAGUUUAUACUAACCUUUCAGAGGCAAUGUUAUGAUCCACGAGCUUAUGUUAGCCCCGCAGAUUUUAUUCUAUGUCCGAGGUUUAUUCUAACUUUACGGAGUCAAUGCGUCUGUGAGUUUAUUUUAACCUCUCAGACUUAAUUAUUAUAGCCAGAAGUUUAUGAUUGACCUUGCGGUUUGUCUAUGUUCUCGGUUCCAUAAAACCUAUUUCCAAAAUUUCUCUCAAAGUGCAUUUCUUAACACGUUUUUAUUUAUUUAUCAUAUUACUUCUCACUCUCUCCCUGUCUCCUUUUCUUCUCACCCCCUGCUCGCUCCCUCACGCACACACCCAGACACACAUACACACUCACACUUCUCUCUCCCCUAUUCCUUUCCACCGCUUUUUUAUUUUAUUAUUAUUUUUUUUACACACCGCAAUUAUACACCGCUGUUCUCAAUGUGCCAUAUUCUUUUUUACAACACACGUUUUCUCUUUAACUCGACUUUGAGGAACACUAAGUCCUAGGGUCACCAGCCCGUGGUAGUUUGAGGGUCCCCAGAUCCCCAGGCCACCUAACCUAGCGAAGCCAUCCCUCGUCAGGGAGUGGGGGGGUUGCCACACCUGAGACUGGGAUAAGGACGCUGAUCCAAAUCCUUUUAUUUGUGCCAGAUCCUGGAUCCCUUGGUAUUCGCCGAUACCUUCCGAAUUACCGUGCUCGCCGGCACGACUUCACCGUGCUCGCCGGCACUUUUUCACUGUGCUCGCCGGCACUAUUUCACUGUGCUCGCCGGCACUUUUUCACUGUGCUCGCCACCAAACCACAACGUACUCCUUAUUUCAGAUUAUUCAAUAUGCAGAAUUAGUGGUAACAAGUUUCUGCUUACCUUAGUUUGAAGCGGCCUUGGAGUAUGCAGUGUUCAGCGGGUGAAAGCAUUUUGGACCGAAUUCACCUAUGCAGGAAAACUUCUCAAUCCCGGACGAGCCCCCAAAUUGUUGGGAUUUUCAAUCCCCCCGAGUUGGUUGAUGAGAAGAAUCCGGCCCGUCAAGUUAAAAAGUUAACAUUUAUUUAGAAGAGAAAUAGAUACAUUGAGCAAUUCCCCGCAGGUGCACCUGGAGACUACAUAUGUAUCACAAAGUGAUCCAUCCAAGACUGCCUGAUGUCUGACUCUGGCCCUUUUAAUAAUCUCUUCGCGUCCUUGACGACUAAUUUGAGCUGGUUCUGGUCUCAAACGGCUAUUGUCCAAGAUGCCCAGGUGUUCCCCCCCCCCCCCCUGUACCAUUCUGUGCAACGGAGUACUGUGUCAGAUAGGGAUUUAUCUUCAAGCUUUCUGUACUCCUUCAUCCCUCAGUUCCCUUGUGUGCCUUAUAUGGUCAUAGUGUUAUUUACUGCAUUGUGACAACAUCUGCUCCAUAGAACAUGUAAAAAGCACACAAACAAGAACAUACAUUUCACACUAGCUACCUAAUCUGAAUGAAGUGUCAACUUCUAAGGCCGGCUACACACUGGCUGCAUGGUGUGAGCGUGGCGGCUGGAUCUUUCGAUGUCUUUACACACCAGAAACCUGUCUGAUGCAUUCUGGACACAUGAAUGUUCCAGAACAUUCCAUGUUGAUCAUAAAUAUAUACUGAUUUGAUUACAGCAAAAACAAUGUUGGCAUUUUUGACUGUAGGCUACAGAAUAUUUCGUUUUGACAGGUGCAAUAUUUGUCUUUGCUGUAAUCAAAUCAGUAUAUGUUUAUGUUAAACAUGAAGUAUACUACUGCUUGAGUGCAAUAAAUUAAUGGGAAAUGUACAUGUGUACAGACAAGGCUAGCAGCUCCAGCGCCACGUCAGCUUCUAAUGCAACAAAAAAUCCAUGCAACAGAAACGCCAAGCUCACGCAAAGCAGCCAGUGUGUAGCCGGCUUAAUAGUCUCAUGAAGUUUCAUUUCUAGGGCACUGUUUAAUCUUGGUAUGUUUGUCUUCUAAUGUUUUAAUAGCUGCAAACAUCACAGAGACAAUGAUGAGCACCCUGUCUCGUGAAGACUUGCGGGAUCUUUUCCCUGGCCCAGAGAACUUUUUACGGAGAAAAGCAUUCUGGCGUGCAUCGGAGGAGUCAGGCCAAGAACACUCAAAAUUAUCCGAAAGUUCCUCCUUUAAUACUUCACCCAUGUGACAGACAUCCACUCCUGUGAACGCAAUUCCUGCAAACCACAAAACCCCUGAAAAGGUUGUGAAGUUAUCCUCUCCAGAAUAUGUAUUGCACACAGAAACAGAUCUUUAGCAAGUCUGACAACAAUACUUUGAGUUGUCAAAGAGAGGCGAACAGCGCAACUGCCAGAUGCCGCCUUGACUACUGUAACUCUCUCCUGGCAGGUCUCCUUGCUACCGCCAUUCGACCACUGCAGCUCAUCCAGAAUGCAGCAGCUCGACUGGUCUUCAACAUCCCAAAAUACUCCCACACCACACCACUUCUCCGUUCUCUUCAUUGGUUACCAGUGGCUGCCCGCAUCCAGUUCAAAACAUUGGUACUUACGUACCAUGCUGUGAAUAGAUCGGGACCAGUUUACAUCCAGGACAUGGUGAAACCCUACAUCCCAACCCGCACACUCCGAUCUGCAUCUGCCAAGCUGCUUGUUCCUCCCUCACUGAGAGAAAAGCACUCGGCAAGAUCGCGACUCUUCGCUGUCCUGGCUCCCAGAUGGUGGAAUGAGCUCUCUGAUGACAUCAGGACUGUAGAGAGCCUCUACAUCAGGGCUAUUCAUUUGGCGGCCCGCGGGCCACAUCCGGCCCGAAGGCAACCUCAGAGUGGCCCAGCCCGUAGUUCCGCAAUAGACAGUAUAAAAGGGAAAAUAGGGUCCCGCCAGCGAUAUUUUUUCCCCCACUAUGGCCACGCCAAGACCCGCCCUUCAAUAGCAUUCACACACUACGAUUGGCCAGGUGUCCGUGUACAGGUCCUAUCCCCUGACUGCUUCGUAGGGCGGGUCUUGGCGUGGCCAUAGUGGGAUUGGUAAUUCUGCGUCCCGCCAAAACUACCAAAAUGUAAAGAGCGUGCUGUGCCGGCGGUAGCCUACAUUACUAUCAAUAUGUCUUUCUCAACACUGAAAUGUAAAAUUGACAAUGAAAACCGUUAAAGAUUACAAUCUGCGGCGGCACCACGCUGAAAAACACCAGACUUUCCGCACCAAUUUUCCCGAGGGAUCUCAAGAGAGGGCUGCAAAAGUGCAGAGUUUGAUUGCAUCUUACAACCGGAGCAGUGUUACUAUGGUACGGUCAUUUACAGCCCAAGAGAGAGCUACCGCAGCAUCCCUUCGUGUUUCCUGGAUAUUGGCAAAAAAGAAAAGGCCAUUCACAGACUCUGAAACCGUGAAGGACUGUAUGCUGGCCAUCGUGGAUGAGGUGAUAAAUGACGAUAAAAUGAAAACGAGCGUGGCAUCUGCUAUAAAAAAAAUACCCCUGUCAGAUACUUCCAACAGUCGGAGAGUUGAAAUUCUUGCUGCAGAUGUGUAUGAAACGAUGUUAGGAGACCUGAGGAAAGCUGACACUAUGUCUAUAGCAGUUGAUGAGUCCACAGACAAAACUGAUACUGCUCAGUUGUGCAUAUAUGUCAGUUUUUUUGACGGCAAAUGCUUCCGAGAGGAGCUGCUCACCCUACUGCCGUUAGAAGGACACACAACUGGCAAUAUAGUUUUUGGGAAAAUUGGUCUGGAUAUGAAGCGUGUGUGCAUGCUUGUGACAGAUGGGGCUCCAUCCAUGACAGGGAAAGUGAAUGGUUUGGCAGCACGUUGGUCCGCUGUAGCACCUCAGCUGAUGUCCUUACACUGCAUUGUGCAUCAGGCGGUGUUGUGCGCAAAACUAAGCGGGGCGCUCAAAACGACAAUGGACAGUGUGAUGGCUACAAUUAAUUUUAUUCGCUCCACAUCAAUCCUCCAACACCGCUUAUUCCGCAUGCUGCUGUCAGAAAUGUCUGCUGAGCACCAAGACCUGCUUUUGCAUAAUGACGUGAGGUGGCUGUCCAAAGGCAAAGCACUGGAGCGUUUCUGUGGUCUCAGAGAGGAGAUCAUAACUUUCCUUCGCAGCAGCAAGCAAAAAAAGGCAGAAACGCACUUGAGUCGCAUACUGGACGACAACUUCAUGGCUAAUGCCUGCUUUCUGAGCGACAUAUUCAAACACCUGAAUGAUCUCAAUUUGGGACUACAAGGCAGAGAUAAAACUGUCAUUGACCUUGUGGGACAGAUGCGCGCAUUCCAAGUUAAACUGGACCUUUUCGCAACUGAUUUGAGCACAGGACGAAGGCUCCAUUUUCCGACACUCCGCAAAUACAUCGAUUUUUUUUUUUUACAUUGAUUUAGUAGGCAGAAAUCACGGAUGUGAUGACAGAUUUCAUUGCGAGCCUGAAAAAGAACUUUGCUGGUCGAUUGGAUGGACUUGUCCUGCCCACAGAGGUGGCCGUUUUUGCCAGAGACCCGUUCACUGUUGCAAUAGAAGGGGACUUAUCCGCCCGGGCAAAGGAAGUGGUUCCUUCCAUUGACGAGGGGAAAUUCACACUCGAACUUGUUGACAUGCAGUCAUCUGUAACCAUGGCACAGGAGCUUUGCACUAACGGGCCCGCAAUGUUUUGGACAGAUGUCAACGUACAUCAGUUCCCUAACAUAAAGAAAGUAGCGAUUGUCAUCCUAAGUAUGUUUGGAUCAACAUACACAUGUGAGUCAAGUUUUUCACACAUGAACUCGAUAAAAAGCAACUCUCGUUGCUCCCUGACUGACCGUACUCUCCAUCAAUGCCUCCGGAUAGCAUUGACAACUUACGAGCCUAAAGUCACUGCUCUCGUUCAAAACAAAAAAUGUCACUUCUCCCACUAAGUCAGCAGGGUAAAUGUAGCCUAACUACAUCCAUAUAAUGUGGGAUGUGUAAAAUAUGUUCCCUCAGUGUGCAGCUUGUGUAGUUAGUUAAAGUUGCGAAAACUGCACUUUUUAUUUUUAUGCACUUUGAGAUGUUCCUGCAUGGGUCAAAUAUGACCAAGAUGUUUAUUUUAUUUCAAAAGGAAACUUAAUGUUAUUGUGAAUUGCUUACUGUGCACUUUUUUGUUUUAUGCACUCAAAUAGGUCAGAUAUGUAGCCUAGGUAGGCCUAGGCAAGAGGUGCCUAGGUCAGUUUCUUUUCUUUUGUAAGUGGAAAAAGUAGGAGCUACCUCAGAUUCUGUUCAGUUAGCUCUUUUGUUUUUUAUGCACCUUUUGCUGUGCAAACUCACCAAAGUCAAAAGAGAAACAAUUAAUAAAUGUUUUUCAAUAAAUUUGUUUGUGUUGGUUUUAAAAUUUGUCAUUACGAGCUGCUUCGCUGCUGAAAUGACUGGCCCAACUAACCUUUCUCGAUUUAAAAAUCUGGCCCAACUGAAUAGCCCUGCUCUACAUCUUCCGUCGAAAACUCAAGACACACCUCUUUAGACUCUACCUUGACUAAAA